ACCGAGGGACUGCGCAGCCCGGCUCCCGCAGGCGCCGAUGGCCCCGCCGCGCCCUCCCCGCCUGCUGCCCGCGCUGCGCGCCCUGCUCUACUGGUCCCUGGUGUACGGCUACUGCGGGCUGUGCGCCUCCGUCCACCUGCUCAAACUUUUGUGGAGCAUCGGUAGGGCGCCGGCGCAGACCUUCCGCAGGGCAGCCCGGGCCAACCCUCCAGCGUGCCUGAACGACCCCUCCUUGGGGACCCACUGCUACGUGCGCAUCAAGGACUCGGGGUUAAGAUUUCACUAUGUUGCUGCUGGAGAAAGGGGCAAACCGCUCAUGCUGCUGCUCCACGGAUUUCCAGAAUUCUGGUAUUCUUGGCGUCAUCAACUGAGAGAAUUUAAAAGUGAAUACAGAGUCGUUGCGCUGGAUUUGAGAGGUUAUGGAGAGUCAGAUGCCCCUACUCAUCAAGAGAGUUAUAAACUGGACUGUCUGAUUGCAGACAUAAAGGAUAUUUUGGACUCCUUAGGGUAUAGCAAAUGUGUCCUGAUCGGCCAUGACUGGGGAGGCAUGAUUGCCUGGCUGAUUGCUGUCUGCUACCCUGAGAUGAUAAUGAAGCUCAUUGUUAUUAACUUCCCACAUCCAAGUGUGUUUACAGAGUAUAUACUGCGAUGCCCUGCCCAGCUUCUCAGAUCCAGCUCUUAUUACUUCUUCCAAAUACCAUGGCUCCCAGAACUUAUGUUCUCAAUUAAUGAUUUCAAGGCUUUGAAACACCUGUUUACCAGUCAGAGCACUGGCAUCGGAAGGAAAGGACGCCAACUGACAACAGAAGAUCUAGAAGCUUAUGUUUAUGUCUUUUCUCAGCCCGGAGCACUAAGUGGUCCAAUUAACCACUAUAGAAACAUUUUCAGCUGCCUGCCUCUCAAGCAUCACAUGGUGACGACUCCGACACUGCUUCUGUGGGGAGAGGAAGAUGCGUUUAUGGAGGUUGAGAUGGCUGAGGUCACAAAGACUUAUGUUAAAAACUAUUUCAGACUCACCAUUUUGUCAGAAGGUAGCCACUGGCUUCAGCAAGACCAGCCUGACAUAGUGAAUGGACUGAUAUGGGCGUUCCUGAGGGAAGAAUCGAGGAGAGAUUGACUGUCUCCUACGGGGAGUCUUUUAUGGAAUUUUGAAAAGCCUCUUAAAAAUUUGUUCCUCAACUUAUGUUUUAUUAGAAAAAAUAUGUUUUAAUAUGCUUGAUUAUAAAUAAAUAUAGUGACACAUGGUAC